GUUUGGCCCCGCAGCCGAAUCGUUCCCCCCCUCAGCUUCCCGGUCCACCCCAGUGGGCACCCACUCAGGCGGCGCUCCCGCCCUCUGCCUUUCAUUCCAGCCGCCAAGAUCUUGGAAGCUUUGAAGCUCAGCAAAGAAGGGAAAAUCCACCGAGAACAGUCUGUAAAGCCACAUGACUCCGUGCCUUAUAUCAGCAAGGCCCUCUCAUCUUGCUUCCUCUGGGGCUGGGUGACAACGUCAACUGUGUCCUGGGACAACCCUCUCUGUCAUUCCUCUGCAAAAUCUCUUCGUCCUGCACGGAGGACCCCAAGGAGGCAGCACGCGUGUGAAAGAUUCACUGUGAGACCAUGUCAUUUAGAUUUGGUCAGCAUCUCAUCAAGCCCUCUGUGGUUUUUCUCAAAACUGAACUGUCCUUUGCCUUGGUAAAUAGGAAGCCCGUUGUACCUGGCCACGUCCUCGUGUGCCCGCUGAGGCCAGUGGAGCGCUUCCGUGACCUACGUCCUGAUGAAGUGGCCGAUCUGUUCCAAGUGACCCAGAGAGUAGGGUCGGUGGUGGAGAAACAUUUCCAGGGGACCUCCAUCACCUUCUCCAUGCAAGAUGGUCCUGAAGCUGGACAGACUGUGAAGCAUGUGCAUGUCCACAUUCUUCCGAGAAAAGCAGGGGACUUCAGCAGGAAUGACAGCAUCUAUGAUGAGCUCCAGAAACAUGACAAAGAACAAGAGGACUCCCCAGCCUUCUGGAGAUCUGAGGAGGAGAUGGCUGCAGAAGCUGAGGCACUGCGUGUCUACUUUCAGGCAUGAAAGUAACUCAAACAAAUCCCAAGGCAUAAGGAAAUGGGCCUCGCUCUUCUGGACUCUGCAGCAUUGGAAAUGAAGCCGAGCAGACUUUAUUACAUCCCACGAUUCCGCAGUCUUUUGCAAAGCAUUUUAUUGCACUUGUGGAAGCCACUGGGGUUACGUUUCAAUCACAAUGACUGACAGGCUAACUUCACAAACAGUAGCAGAAAGAGCCUGCCACAGUUUCUCACUGAGGUACUGAGAAGAGGACCUUUUCCAUACUGUCCCUUAGCCUGGAUGAAAAUAAAGUGGUAGCUAAAAUAUCUACCUGGUGUUGCUGGCUGACUUAAAAAUUGGUAUUUUCAGGCCUUCAAAAGGUCUAACUGAAGAAGCUGCUCUCUUGGAGCUAGUAGGUUUCCUGUGAGCCAAGAGUUGGUUAUAGUAGAGGUGAGAUUUAGAGAAUUUCAUUGACUGGUUAAUAGCACAGA